AUGCAGUUGUUGCAACGGUCAUCAGAUCCGUUACCUGCUUUACGGGGCUGGCAUCCAGGAGAACAAGCCGUUCAGGCAAUUAUCCACCUCCCCGAGCGCGUUGCAAUCACAGCAAUUGUGGAUAGGCUGCCUGAGCAGCAUCGCAUCUUCCACACAAGCCGACUACAUUUCUUGCCAGUCACUACUCUGGACCAGCAAGGGAGACCGUGGGCAUCUAUUCUUUGCUCAAGUGAUGGGAUCUUACAUGAUGAAAAACCACUUUUUUCCGGGAUUGGGCUUGAGGUUUCGACUAGAAGGAGGAACAAAUUCGCUGGCCAUAUAUCCAAUGUUUCAUUGAGAGAUCUGGACGCCGAUUUUACUGUCGUAGUUACUCAAGCCUUGGGAUUGUGUCCGAAAUACAUCAAUAUCAGGUCGAUCAUGCCAUUCCACGGGGCAUCGCCACGCCUCAUCUAUGAGCGGUUUAGCCUAGGGGAUGGGGAGCGCCUGCCUGAUGAUGUCAUUGCAUUCAUCCAUGCAGCUGAUACAGCUUUCUUGUCCACGUCCUACGUGGCCGCCCAAGAGGAUGAAAACAUUUAUCCUUCUCGAGUUGGCGUCAAUCAUAGAGGGGGUCGCCCCGGAUUCGUUCGAGUUAGACCAUCCGAUGGGAAGACUCUCGUGCUUCCAAAUUAUGCCGGGAAUCGCAUGAUGAACUCACUGGGCGACAUACACAUCACACCAGUUGCUGGAAUUGUUUUCCCCUCGUUUUCCACUGGAUCAAUCUUGUAUCUUACCGGGAAAGCCAAGACCCUGUAUGGCGCAUCUGCGCGAGCAGUGAUGCCAAAUAUGAAUAUUAUCUCCACCAUCUACGUCACUGGAUUCUCCUUUGAGACAGGGCCAGCAGAACGUAGCCCCUACAGCCCACCUGUCUGCUACUUAGCGGAAGAAAAGCCACCAUCUGUAUCAUUCGCCGACAUCAUACUUAGCCUGAUAAAGACGCGAGUGCAUGAUAGCACCCUCAUCACCCUCACUUUCGAGUCAUCACGACCUGUGGAUAUGCAUCCAAGCCAAAACUGCGUGCUGGAGUUGACGGAGUUCCUGCGCAAACGCUCACACGAGCUGUUAGACUGGGAAGAAGAUGAUAGCACAGUUAACGAUGACUGUGUCCGUACUUGGACGGUUUCCACACCUCCAACCCCAGAUGCACCUUGCAACCUCUCUAUCACAAUGAGAGCGAUCAAAGGCGGUCUUAUCACUCCAAUUUUAUAUCGGCUUGCUAGGAGUGUUGAUCCGCAGCUGACUGGAGAACCCAUCAAUGUCGCAGACUUGAAAAUCUGCGCUCGACUACGAGGUGUCGGAGGCGAUCUUCCUGUCCCAGAGCCUUUAGCAGCAUGCGACGGUGGACGACGGCUGCUGUGGAUUGCUGGUGGAAUUGGCCUCACGCCUUUCCUGAGCUUGACUCGUCAUGUUACAGACCUCGCUACUCGGGGAUUCGGAGACUGGGAUGUGACACUCGUCCUUUCAACGCGGGAGCCGGAAGUUAUGCUCAGUUUGAUUCAAGAAGCGUUUGUGAAUAUGUCAUCCGGCAAAGUGAACGGCCGCCAGUCGCUCCCCGGCCUUACAUUUUCCAUUCAUUUAUCCGAGUCUUUUCCGCCAUUCGUGUCCCUGAUCCCGCACGAAGGACGCCUGGACGACAGUGGAACUCUUUUUGGCAGUGCGCAUAUAUGUGGCCCGUUGCCUUUCGUUCACAUUGCGAUGAAGUCACUACAAGCUGCUGGAGUGGAUCCAGAGCGCGUGAAGCGAGAGAGAUUCACGUAUUGA